GCUUCAUGAACAUGAGCCGGCUGCUUUCUCUGCCUCUCCGAGCGUCUUUGAGCUGUUUUGACAUAUGUGCUCCCUCUCUGCUUCUCUGCCUCUUUCUUUUUUUUUCCUGUCUUCCCACCAAUCCCAUACCUCUCCAUACCUCCGUCUCUCUCUGCGUAUUCCAUCUCCAGGACAGGAAAAGGAGCAGGUAGCAGGGAGUACCAGCGAAGAAGACUGACCACAAUAACAGGAAGAGGAAGUGGGCAGUGACCUGUUUGAGAGGGGACUACGGUCAGACAGCUGUGCUUCAACACUAUCGGCCGCUGGAUGAGAAAAACCACAUCAGAGGCGGCAGCAAGAAAAGAACAAGAGAACCUGUUGGACUCUUGAGGGAAAACCUCAACAACCUGAGGAGGGAAAACAGGGCGAUAAAGAACAUCUUCGGGUAAAAAAAACUUUAAAACUGGAGCGACUUCUGUGUUUAUUUACCUGCUGACGAAGAGACAACAAUUACCUGCAGAGAACUCUUUUUAUUUCUAAAUCUGUUGCUUGGACUCUCACAGAUUCUGUAGCUUUAUCUUCAGGAAUCCAAAUCUGGAAUUCAUUUUCAUUGAAGAGGAAUCCACCCGUACUUCCUCACAGACUUAUCUUAUUAUCUGGUUCACAGUCCAGAAAGGGAUUUGUACAGAAACCUGGUGAAAAUCAAGCCGAGAAAGAAAUCCCUGCCUGUUACAACAACACCUGCUGCUCUCUUUCCACAAUCAGAGAAACCAGCACGCAAGAAGAAGAGAGCCCGAGAGCGAGGAAGAGACGUAGUGGAAGUGGUUUUACUCCCUGCUGAGCGUACGACCACCUACCAGCCACUAAUUUCUACCACAACCUGCUACAUUAAUAGUAGUACAAGCCCAGUUUGAGUGAGCGAGAGAGCACCUUGAAGGAUUUGGGCUUCAUUUUGUACCGAAAUAAAGGUCUGAUCCAGCAGAUUCUACUCGGCUUGGACCGUCUGUCUGUGUGAUGAUGUCUUGGAUCCAGCGGUGGGCGAUGGGGCUUAUUGCCGUUAUGUCCUUGUCCGUCUCUAUCGAUGUUGCUGAUGAUUCUGUCCUUCCUGCGGUGGAAGCAGAGCAGCGAGGCCCCGUCGAGAUUGUGAAGAAGCAGACCCAUCCUGUCCUGUUCAGGCAGAAGAGAGAUUGGAUCUGGAACUCUUUCUACGUGGAAGAAGAGAAACCUGCGCCCAUCGCCUACAAGAUAGGACAGUUGAAGUCGAGCCAGAGAGUGGAUGUGAAGAGCUUUAAGAUAGAAGGGGAAGGAGCAAACACCAUCUUCACUGUGGAUCACAAAGGAGACCUGUUUGUCACCAGAUCUCUGGACAGAGAGGAGAAGAACUCGUACCAUUUGAACGCCACAAUGUUUGACGGGAACAACAAACUCAUAGAGGGUUCUGGAGAAUUUGUUGUCCAAGUGACGGAUAUUAAUGACAACACCCCAGUUUUCCCCAGAACAUAUAAUGGAUCCAUUAUGGAGCGGUCCACCAUAGGAACUAAAGUAGUUGAGGUGAGGGCCACCGAUGCCGACGACCCCAGCACUGCUAACGGAGAGCUGCGGUACUCUCUGACCCAAGGCGAAGACGUCUCUGCCUUCCAAAUCGACAGCGUCACAGGUGUGAUCAGCUGCAAGACAAACACUCUGGACCGGGAAACCAAGAGUCAGUACGUGGUGGUGGUUAGAGCUCAGGACAUGAGAGGAAUGGCCUCUGGCAGCACAUCCACCACCUCAGUCACUAUCACCAUCACCGACACCAACGAUAACAUCGCUUCUUUCACCCGAAAGACGUAUGAACUGCACGUUCCAGAGGACCACACGUUGAAUGAGAAGAUUGGCACUCUGGAUGUGGAGGACAGAGAUCAGAUUCAGAACAAAGAGCCGACGUUCAUUAUUCCAAAUGAAAACAGCAAAGUGUUUAUCAUUGAACUCGGCCCGAACAAGGACGGCAACCUCAUGCUCAAGCAGGCUCUGGACUUCGAGACAACGAGCAGUUACACUUUCACCGUCCAGGUGGGAGAGAACCUCAAAAACCUGCGUUUUCCUGCUGACAACGUGAACAGUGCUGUCACCACGGCCCAGGUAAACAUCAAGGUGUUGGAUGUAGAUGAGGCUCCACUCUUCUCGAUGCCCACCUACACCUUCACUGUGGUGGAAGAGCGUGUUGUGAACAACUUUGGAACAGUCACAGCCAGAGAUCCUGACAGAGCCAACAAGAGCAUUCGGUACUCCAUCUUAGACAAGAACUGUCCAAUCAGCAUCCACCCGUUCACAGGUCAGCUGUCCACCGUGAAGACGCUGGACAGAGAGCUGGAGGCCACACACAUGUUUCAAGUUAAAGCACAGGAGGAGCCAAGUGGUUUGGAGACCUUUGUGAUUGUUAACAUUAUAGUUCAGGACAUCAACGACAACAAGCCUGAACUGACGGUGGACGAGAUCAUCGUAUGUGAGAACGACCUUACUGAUACGGUGAUGGGAACCUUGAGAGCCACAGAUAAAGACGACCAGACGGCUCACUUCAGCUUCAGCCUGGACAGCGAGAGCUCCAACUUCUCCGUCAGAGACUACGGCAACAGCACAGCAGACAUCUUGGUGAAACAGGGGCCGUUCAGCCUGGAUGACCCCAAGGAUUACAGCGUGGACGUGCGCAUCAGUGACGGAGGACGGCCCGCCCAGACCAGCGUCACCAAACUGGCAAUCAAGAUGUGUCGCUGUGAUGCCAGGAGGAUUCCUACGCACUGCAAAGCCGGCGCUCGCAGGAUGGGAGUGAGUGUUCAUGCCCUGAUAGCCAUUCUGCUCUGCAUACUGACCAUACUGGUCAUAGUGAUCCUGUUUGUCAUGAGGAAACGCUACCAGAAGGAUUCUCUGGCCAGUAUGAAGAACAGCGGGGAGAUACACGAGCAGCUGGUCACAUACGAUGAGGAGGGAGGAGGAGAGAUGGACACUAACGGCUACGAUGUUUCAAUCCUCUCUUCCGCUUGCCACGAUGGCUCGCUGCUCCGUCACCCGGACCGCCACCCCCACCCCUCUCUCUACGCCAUGGUGCAGAAACCCCCCCACCUUGCACAGCCCACCGCGUGCAAGGGCGACAUGGCCGUGAUGAUUGAGGUGAAGAAAGACGAGGCGGAUCACGACCGAGACGGCUUCCCGUACGACACUCUCCACAUCUACGGCUACGAGGGACCGGAGUCUUUAGCCGGAAGCCUCAGCUCUCUGGGAAGUUCCUCCACCGGGUCGAACUUGGAUUACGACUUCCUGAACGACUGGGGGCCGAGGUUCAGGACCCUGGCCGAGCUGUACGGCGUGGAUGCACCUGACUACUACCAUCAAUACUGA